AUGAAGCCUAUAGUCCGUUUAUUUCGAAAGUUUUUUGUUGAUAUUGUACCUUCCCGAGAAACUGAGCCAGCGUUUCUUCGUGGAACAAAACUAUUCUUUAUCUAUGUUAUAUAUAUUGGCUCGCUAUUAUACCUUGUAUCUUUAAUACUUCAAAUGGUUUAUGAUAGUCCAUAUCUACAAAUAUCAGUCGUAACAGCCACAGAAUUACCAGCACCUUAUAUUUAUUUCAAGGCGCCUUUCAACUUCACGCUGACAUGUGAUCUUUUAAAUAUUGAAGGAAAAAAACAAACACCAAGAAGUGAAUUGAUAAAAUAUUCAUCCGAAAUAACUGAAGCUGGGACAACAAACUAUUUAGGGACGAUUUGGGGAGGUUUUUCUAAGGAAUAUGUGCCAUUAUUGACUUUCAGUCAAAAAGGUGUAUAUGGCCUUUCAGUGCAAAUCUUUACAGAUAAAAUAUUUGACGAAUUAAACGACGACCUGCCUGCGAAUUUUAAUGGGAUUAAAGUGUAUUUGUUUGAUGCCGAUAAAGAUCAAGUAGAUUUUUCUAUGGCCAAAGAAGUAUCAGCUGCCGUCAGAAGGGAACGAAUAGACAAUGCAAAUGCAUAUAUACUUUCUCCAAAGCAGAGAAGUAUCGUCACAUUUAAUAGAAUUCAAAAUAAAGAUCUUGAUGGACACAAAUACAGAAACCACGCUGAAGUUGUCAGUCCAUUCUUACUUUCAAAAUUUAAAGCAUUUUCCACAUUCGAAUUAUAUUAUGAUUCGCGUCUUGUGACGGUUAAUGAGCAAAAGAGAGAUGAGACGGUUUUGUCUAUAUUGAGUUCUCUUGGUGGUGCCUUCGGCUUAGGAAUGGUAGUUUUCAACUGUUGCUUCGGUGCACCCCAAAUCGGACCUUGGGGAUGGGCACAAGAAUUAUACGGCGUUAGACACGCACUCAAAGUACGACUUCGCUCAAAAUUUCCACAUUACGUUCCCCUCGUAGACAGCGCGCCCUCGAUCAAAGAUUUCAAAUCCAGUGAGAAGGGUUAUGAAAAUCCAGUUGAUAUUCAAGUAAAAGCUCUUGAGCAUCGGUGUGCUGCUCUUGAACUUUUGUUGAAAGAUUAUGUUAUUGAUGUAGGCGAUUUGGAAAGCUUGACUAAAAGUCAGAAGAAUUCCAAAUGA